AUGAAAUUAUUAGCUAGUUUAUUCUUGUUUCUUACCAGUGUGAUUGCACUCGAUGUGAGCUCUACGACAACUAUAACCAGUGCGCUGGUGUUAGGGGAACUGUAUCUUAUUGAAUCAACUGGGGUAUUAGAACUUUUGAAUUCGAUCCAACUUUAUCUUACUUCCUUAACAGUUAGAUCAUUGGGACAGUUCUUUUUUCUAGCUGACAGUUUGACCAAUAUAGAUAUCCAAACCAUGGACAACAGUGGCUACGUAUUGUUUGAUUUACCAGAUUCUACUUAUCUUCCAUUUAGGAGUAACAGUCGAAAUAGUGGUGAAUUUGUGGUGAACACUGGUCAUUCAAUUGUUGAUUUUACUGAUCUUGAUAACACUGGGUCUUUGACUCUUUGGGCAACUUUUUAUACUGGGCCCAUUGCAUUUUUUCAUGGACUUGUUAAUACAGGAAAUAUUUGCUUGCACGAAUUUGUGCUGAAUAUUGAAAAUGCAUCUGGGAAAGGAUGCUAUGCUCUUUCGCAAUCAACGGUUUAUAUUCAAUCUGCUGCUUCGGAUUUUGAACCUACUGUUGUUUUUGAAGAUCCGAGUAAUGGGUUUUAUAUAGUAAAUACCCCUCAAGUUUUGCGGUUGAAAUUAAUUAACUUUGGGAAUGGAAACUUUAUUGGUUUUCCAAAUCAAGGUUAUAUUACCAUGAACUACUUUAGUGGUAGUGGAUACUUGGUAGUUUAUAUUGCGAUUUACGAAAUCUAUGUGAAUAUAGGUUUUGGGUAUGAUUUAGGACUAUUUAUUGCUAGUUCCAAUUCUGAGCAGGUGAGAAUAAAAUACGAUGGCUCUGUUCCAAGCGGAGCGAAUCAGGGUGGUUGUUCAUGUUCUCUAAAUAUUAGAACUCCACCUGCACCGGAAUCAACUAUUGAGCUAGAAACUUCAAGUGAAGUGUCAACUUCAUCCAGCAUUGAAAUUACUUCCAGCUCAGUGGUGACUUCAACUUCAAGCUCAGUAGCAGGUUCUACUUACCGUCUGAGCACUAAAUCUCAUUCAUCCAGUAAGAGCUGCCCAACCCCCAAACCAACCAAUGGGCAUGGAAACAAUGGAAAUGGUCAUGAUAAUAAUCAUGGAAAUGGUCAUGAUAAUAAUCAUGGAAAUAACAGCAACGGAAACAACCAUGGUAACGAUAACCAUAAUGGUAAUGGAAACUCAAAUAAUCAUGAUAAUCACGACAAUGGUCAUGGAAAGGAACAUAAUGAUGGUCAUACUAAUGGAAACGGAAACAAUAACCACAACGACAAUCAUGGAAAUGGUAAUAGCAACAACAAUAACAACAAUCACGGCAACAGCAAAGGAAAAUCAAAUAACAAUAAUGGAAAUGGUAAAGGUAACGAUAAAGGCGGUGGUAAUGGUAAAGGACAUAAACGUCGAGACGUUCUCGAUAAUUCGGCCUGCUCAACUCACAAAUCCAUGUUGGUAUUGGCUUCUCUAGUCUUUUUAGCUAUUGUUUGA